AUGUUCGUCUUCAAGCGUGAUGGACGCAAAGAGCGUGUGCAGUUCGACAAGAUCACAGCACGGGUGUCCAGGCUAUGUUAUGGCCUUGACCCUGACCAUGUUGACCCUGCUGCAAUUACAAUGAAGGUCAUUUCUGGUGUCUACCAGGGUGUUACUACCAUCCAGUUGGACGACUUGGCUGCCGAAACAGCAGCAUACAUGACUACCACACAUCCUGAUUAUGCCAUCCUAGCAGCCCGUAUCGCUGUGUCGAAUCUCCACAAGCAGACAAAGAAGCAAUUCUCCGCCGUAGUGGAGGACCUCUACUCAUAUGUCAACCCCAAGAACGGCAAGAGCCAGCCAAUGAUCUCGGACCAUGUCUACAAGGUCAUUCAAGACCACGCCGAGGAGCUCAAUUCGGCUAUAGUGUACGACCGCGAUUUCAACUACCAGUUCUUCGGCUUCAAGACACUCGAGCGUUCAUACCUUCUCCGCAUAAAUGGCAAGGUUGCCGAGCGCCCCCAGCACAUGCUCAUGCGUGUCGCUGUUGGUAUUCACGGCGAGGACAUCCCAAAGGCCAUUGAGACAUACGACUACAUGUCGCAGAAGUACUUUACACAUGCUUCACCUACACUGUUCAACGCAGGCACACCUUCCCCGCAGAUGUCGUCCUGCUUCCUCAUCGACAUGAAGGAGGACAGUAUCGAUGGUAUCUACGACACACUCAAGACGUGCGCUCUGAUUUCCAAGACCGCUGGCGGUAUUGGUCUCAACGUGCACCGAAUUCGUGCCACUGGCUCAUACAUUGGCGGCACCAACGGCACAUCGAACGGUCUCAUUCCUAUGCUACGCGUGUAUAACAACACUGCACGCUACGUUGACCAGGGUGGCAACAAGCGCCCUGGUGCUUUUGCCAUCUACCUUGAGCCAUGGCACGCUGAUGUCUUUGGCUUCCUUGACCUCCGCAAGAACCAUGGUAAAGAGGAGGUUCGCGCUCGUGAUCUCUUCUACGCCCUGUGGAUCCCCGACUUGUUCAUGAAGCGUGUGCAAGAGAACGGCGAGUGGACCCUCAUGUGCCCUAACGAAUGCCCAGGUCUCGCCGACGUCUACGGUGAUGAAUUUGAGGCACUGUACGAGAGCUACGAGAAGCAGAACAAGGGCCGUGAGACUGUUCGCGCUCAAAAGCUCUGGUAUGCCAUUCUCGAGGCCCAGACUGAGACUGGUAACCCCUUCAUGCUCUACAAGGAUGCUUGCAACCGCAAGAGCAACCAGAAGAACCUCGGUACCAUCCGCAGCUCCAACCUGUGCACAGAGAUUGUUGAGUACACCGCUCCUGACGAGGUUGCUGUUUGCAACUUGGCUUCUCUUGCUCUACCUUCUUUCGUCGACUACAAGCGUGGCGAGUUUGACUUCCAGAAGCUUCAUGAAGUCACUCAGGUUGUCACCCGCAACUUGAACAAGAUCAUUGAGGUCAACCACUACCCUGUAGAGGAGGCUCGCCGCAGCAACUUCCGUCACCGACCUAUCGGUAUGGGUGUGCAGGGUCUUGCUGAUGCUUUCCUUGCCUUACGCCUUCCCUUUGAGUCUGAGGAGGCGAAGAAGCUGAACAUCCAGAUCUUCGAGACCAUCUACCACGCUGCUCUCACUUCAUCUUGCGAGAUUGCCAAGGAGCUCGGUCCCUACCAGACCUACGAGGGCUCACCCGUAUCCCAGGGUAUCUUGCAAUACGACAUGUGGAAUGUCACUCCUACCGAUCUUUGGGAUUGGGCCAGCCUAAAGGCAAAGAUUGCUGAGCACGGUGUGCGCAACUCGCUGCUCAUCGCGCCCAUGCCUACUGCUUCCACUUCCCAGAUUCUCGGAAACAACGAGUGCUUCGAGCCGUACACUUCCAACAUUUACUCUCGUCGCGUACUCGCUGGUGAGUUCCAGGUCGUCAACCCAUGGCUGCUCAAGGACCUUGUCGACAUGGGCUUGUGGUCAGAGAACAUGAAGAACCGCAUCAUUGCCGAUGGAGGUUCUAUUGCAAGGAUUCCCAACAUCCCUGAGGAGACCAAGACUCUUUACAAGACCGUCUGGGAGAUCUCGCAGCGAACCAUCAUUCAGAUGGCUGCUGAUCGUGGUGCUUUCAUCGACCAGUCUCAAUCCCUUAACAUCCACAUGAAGGAGCCAACCAUGGGCAAGAUCACAUCCAUGCACUUUGCCGGAUGGAAGCUCGGUCUCAAGACUGGCAUGUACUACCUCCGUACCAUGGCCGCCUCUGCGCCUAUCCAAUUUACCGUCGAUCAAGAACAACUCAAGGUUGCAGACACAAACAUUGCCAACGAGGCACGAGAUGGAGACAUCUACGCUGAUGCUGUCCUGGCUUGCUCGAUAGAGAACCCAGAAUCUUGCGUCAUGUGCAGCGGUUAA